AUGGUAUCUCAACAGCUUCCUUCCACAGCAGACUACAUCAUCGUCGGCGGAGGAACAGCUGGUCUGGUAGUUGCAGCUCGACUGUCUGAGAAUCCAGAUGUUCAUGUUGUGGUUUUGGAAAGUGGUCCUGAUGCCACGGAAGACCCACGUGUACAAAAUCCAGCCUUGUGGCAUGGUUUGAGCGGCUCGGAGCUGGACUGGAAAGUUCAAGUAACCCCACAGCCUGGCUGGGAUAACAGAGACAUCACGCAUGUCUCCGGGAAAGCCAUAGGCGGAUCUUCCUCUGUCAACGGUUUGCUGUAUAUUCCUCCAUCCCCUAAUGGAAUUGAUGCAUGGGCAAAACUUGGAAAUUCUGAGUGGACUUGGGAGUCAUUACAACCAUAUUGGGAGAAGACAAUUGCCGUAACUCCGCCAGAGCACGCGACACAUAUUACAACCACGCCGGAGACCACAUCUGGCACUAUCAAGGUGACAUACCCAGCUCUUGAAAACAAAUCAGGGCUUCCUUUGAUUCAAGCAUGGCACGACACAUUCAAGUCCAAGGGGUACGAUUAUCAGACUGAAAUGAGUUUCGGGCGUAAAGUCAUCGGCACUCGCGACUAUGCAGGCACCGUCGAUCCAGUUUCUGGCCUCCGAAGUGGUGCAGCUAGUGAAUACGGAACAGUAGCCGCCGCCCGCCCAAAUGUCACCAUUGUCACGGAAGCCACGGUCCAGCGCAUCCUUUUUGAAUCAUACGCCCAAGGUCAGGUUGCUACAGGUGCUGAAAUAGUUCAUAAUAAUGAGCUUCAUGUGGUACAUGCGACAAAAGAAAUCAUUAUGGCAGCAGGUGGAUACCAUACACCUAAGAUUCUGGAGCUCUCAGGAAUUGGCAGCCAAGAUAAGUUGGAUGAAUUUAACAUCCCGGUGAUAAUUGAUUUACCGGGCGUUGGCGAGAAUUAUCAAUCGCAUCCAAUGGUCACCUUCCCUUUCUCUCUCAAGCGCGACUCUCAAGCAAUGAGGCCUGCAAUGAUGGCGGUUGCCUUUCCACGGCUUAAUUCAGAGGAGCGAGCCGAACUCCUUUCAAUCUAUGACGGCGACAAAGACAAACACGCUUCAGGGAAAGUUCUUAAAUCACUUUUCGAAAGUCCCGACGAUUCAUCAGCCUUCUAUAUUCUAGGAGUUUUGCCCGGCAAUAUGGCCGUUAUCGCAGUACUAGGAAGCUUCCCGUUCUCUCGGGGUAGCGUCCAUAUUUCCUCCGACGAUCCGUCUCAGCUCCCUGCCGUUGAUGCUGGCAUUGGGCACGAUGCAUUCGAUAUUGAAAUUUUAGCUCGACACUCUCGCAAUCUCUUUAAGAUGACAACCUCGGAGCCGUUGAACUCAUUUUUGCAGAAUAAUGGGGAGCAUCAUGAUCUUGAGACGAUUAAGGACCAAAUAAGGGCUACUGGAUCCGCGGCUCAUCAUGUAUGCGGUACGACUGCUAUGCUUCCACAAGAAGACGGUGGUGUAGUGGACCAAAAUCUCACAGUCUACGGGACGCAAAACCUUCGAGUGGUGGAUGCGAGUAUCUUUCCCAUCAUUCCUCACGCAAACCCGAUUUCCACUGUAUACGCGGUUGCAGAGAGAGCGGCAGACUUAAUUCGAGGAAAUUGA